UCAUGUUCUGGCCUUUUACUUGUUCUAUAUAUUGCAGGAGUUUAGGGGUUGGAUUCCCAACCGCUCAAAAACUACAAAGCCUUAUCACUUCAUUUUCAUCAUCAUUUUUCAAUCUGUUGGCACAGUCAUCAUGAAGUCCAUCACUGCUUUCUUCAUCCUCUUCUCCCUAACCCUGCUUUUCAAUGCCAUGGAUGCAAGGAAAGGCCCAGGAGACUACUGGAAGAGCAUAAUGAAAGAUCAACCCAUGCCAGAAGCAAUCAAAGGAUUUUUUCUUCAUGAUCCUGCAGCUUCCAAUGAUGAACAUAACUUUCUGACCAAGAAAGCAAAGAGUAGUCAAUUCUCCAAGCAUUUUGAUCCCAGGCCUAAUGCUAUCUUGUACCACAGCCAUGUCAAGCAGCCCGAAGACGAGCAGUUCUCUGUCGAGUCAUUGAACCCGAAGCCAAGGCAUGAUGAUCAACAGAAGAUAUAGAGCAUUUAGACCUUUUUUGUGCAAAGCAAUUUGAAUGUUUUGUGUUUUGUGCAUGGUUUAUAGGGGAAACUACCAGUAGAAAAUGUUUAGCUUACCAAAGAAUGACUACAAUAAGCUUUAGGCUAGCUGCUUGUUCUCUUAAGUGUCUGCUCAUGAUCAGAUCUUGAGCUUUCUGUCUCUGUGUGUGUGAAUGGCAAAAGCAAAACUACAUUUCUUAAAUCAAGGCUAUAUUUUUUAACCA